AUGCGUAUUUUGGAGGAGCUGCCAUCAAGAGAGCCCGUUUGGAUUCGCGUCCAUGCGACGCCUGCGCUCCUGCCGCGUCACGACGACGAAGUUACUGCCGCCAAGGACGUAAAACCCUGGCUCUUGGAUUACGCCUCUAAUCACGCGGGCUACGCGACAUGUCUCGCAGAGUCCCUUUUCCCUCACGGAUGCGCUCGUUUCUGCCGAGGCGAACUUUGGGACCGUGUUGACCUCAUGCUCGUCUGUCGACACUGGCGCUCGAUAAUCAGAUCCUGCCCGCGCUUCUGGAGCGACAUAGUGGUUGAGAAUGAAGAUACUGUCGCGAGGUCUCUGAAGCUAUCGGGCGCGACGCCUCUGCGCGUAAAGAUCGACGGGGUUCUGGCGAUGCCGCCGUCACAACAAGCGAUUGCGUCUGUUCUUCACCAGCUUUCGCGUGUCGAGACGCUCGAGGUUGGUACUUUCGUGAAGGACUCACAAUACCGAUCCACCGUGGAGCAUGUCCUUGGUGCAUUUACCAGCUCGCCGGCACCCGUAUUACGAGAAUUGAAUUGGAGCGCUCAAGUACGGCACGACGUGUCCACCCAACACUGGAAACAACGAAGAUUCCCAUUCCUCCAAACCCUCGUCAUGCAUACUAUAAAUUUGAGCCAUCCUUGCUCACUUCUCUCCCCGACGCUUGUGAACCUCACACUCACACGUUGCUCGCCACCUUGGACAACCGCCAAUGAAAUGUUCGAAACCCUGGGUUGCAUGCCGAUGCUCGAACUCCUCUUCCUAUGGGAGUUACCCGAUAUACCCGACUUCGAGGCGGACCAUUUCCGGAUACUUCCUGUAACUCAGCUACCUAUAUCGCUUCCUCGCCUACACACCCUCAAUCUGGAUGGCUCGUACCGCUAUGUUUAUCGCGUCUUCCGCUCUCUACAGAUAUCGCCAAUCAUCUCUGCAUUGAACUUUAAGUGUUCACACAAGCCCUACGGCCUUAACCCGACCUCCGAUAUUGUUCAGAUCCACGCGUCUUUGGGCGCUUUUGCCAAGGCUGUGGCUGCCUCGGGGAUAGUAUUCUCGUUCUUGGAGUUCAGCAUCGACCUCGACGUGGGAGGGAUGAAUAUCGCCGUCUCUGGAAACGAUUGCCGAAGAUUUUACUGGAGGCAUACGUGGGAUCCCCAAGACGCCAAUUUCGCCGGGGCCAUUCUUGACUUUCUGCAGGGCAUAGCCCGUCGCUUCGUCUCCAAAUCCACAGUCACCGACUUGCGCGUCUCCGUGGCCGGGGAAUUCAUCGCGGACGGUUGGUUUGAUCUUACGCCGCGCGCGUGCUUUUCCUGGCUCGCGGAGUUCCCUUCUAUCGCCAAUCUACACCUCGCAGGAGAGGCCGCCUCUCACUUCAUACCGUGGAUGCGCUACCACUUGCAUGAGGCCAAGGAAGCUAGUCUUCCAUUCCCUGCUCUACGCCAUCUUAUAAUCACCUCCACCAGUCUCGUGGGGAACCUUGACCCAUCAGAUCUGGCGGAUGACCCAACCAACAUCCUGUUCAAGCACCUGUGGCUCUAUUUCCACGACCAGCGGCCGGAGACUGUCUUGAAGGACGUGGAGAUGACGUUUCGAAUGCACAAGUAUCUCAGCAGGAUGCUUGGCCCAUGGCUUGAUGUUGACACGAUCUCUCACGUCGAUGGUCCGUGUGUUAGGAUGGAAGUUGCGCCGCAUGAUCAAUUAUAUAUUUCCUUCCCACCUAGCAUGGACGAAAUAUUGAUCGAGACGCCAUAUGACUCGUACUAG